AUGAAUGUGCAGGAUCAAGGUCUACACAGCUCGGGCGACCCUAUACGUGCAAAUGCCCGGCGAGAAGUGCUUAGGGUUAGUCGCGCCAAUCGAGCACAGAGGCGCCACGGCAAGCCAGUCUCACAGACUCCUGAGGUCACUAAUACUAGUGCUGAGCAUCGAAUUCAGUCUGCAAGCGAGUAUCUACGCCAGGCAGAUGAUGAAAGGGCCGCAUCCGAAUUGGUGCAGGCAUCAGAAAUGGCGCUAGAUGGUCACGCCAGGGAUCAGCAGCUUGCGGACUCGCCUCUUUCCUUAAGCAUCGAUGAGAGUGAUGCCAUAAAGGCUGAAUCUCUUGACAGCGACUCUUUAUCGUCUUUCUCUUUUCUAUCUUCCGGUUCUGUAUCUUCCAUCCCGUUGCCGUUCGUGUGCUUCCCCGGUGAACCAACCAGCUUAAGCGACGAUGAGAAUGUGCCAAAGGUCGAAUCUGUUUCCUCUCAAUCUCCCGCUGCUAACUGGCCUGCCACUUCACCGCUACCAGCAUCCUCCCACGGCGGUUCGCCUUUACCCUCACCUGUGCCACACUCUCCGCGCUCUCUCACGCCUACGUCUGUUCCUGCCGACAUGCCUGUCGCCUCGACAACGUUUAUUGCCGAACCGAUACUCACUCCUCCGGCGACCUCUGGCCUCCGUGUUCUCCAGGCUGAGUUCGAUAGGUCUCAAAUUGCUGAUCAACCCCGCGUUCCGUGGUCAUGGUCCACCACGGGCAAAAAAUGUAAAGAACCUUAUAAACCCACGACAAAAGGUAAAUGGUGGUUUGAUUGGGCUCAUGAGCAUGAAGGUAGUUUGUCGGUGAUCAGUAACAUUGGGAGAAAUCAUAGAGACUGAGCUUGGUAUGCAAUUAUUUGGUGAAGAAAGGUGCAUUCAUUGCCAGAGGAUGGAUUAUGAGUGCUGGGUUUUCACUGUAAAGGGUCGUCUACAAGUGGCAAAUCCUGGGAGUGCAUGCACUCGUUGCCGCACGAGUCCAGGUGCUGAUGGCUGUAGUUUGUCUAAUCGGCGGCCGCGGCUUAUAUCCAAUAAUAAUAAUAAUAGACCUCGCCUUCCACCCUGGGCCUUGCUACCGAAGGGUUGAGAUCCUAGCCUAAGUCGAGUGCCUGCGUGCUACAGUGCGUAGUCAUGCUUAUUAUUCUUUCCACUUCAGUCAAUAAUGAUAAUAAUGAUAAUACCAAGAGUAUUUGGUUCCAC